ACCAAACAGAAAAGUGACAGUUUUCACAAAAAAAUCUUUGGACUUUUCUCAAUUAAAUGGAAUUUUAACAAUAAAAUUGUUAAUCCCAAUAGAAGAAUGAAUAAGUGAAAAGAGGAAUAAUUAGUCGAAAAUAAUUACUUAUUAUAUCCUGAAGAGGCGCUUUUUAUGAAAGUUUUUUGACAUCCAAGUACUUUCUUGGUAAACAUGCGCUUCUCGGUGAUGAUGCUGAUGCUGCGUAAUGUCGCACGGGUUUUCCCAAAAGUUAAAAACUGAUCAUUUUUUUGACGUUUUUCGGGGUGUUUUUAUAUUUCUAUUAGUUUUUUAUUUUACUUUAGAGACGACGGAAUGUCACGUCUUGGCAUAUGAUUCUGAGGAAUUCAUUUACAUCCGGCCGUUUUAGACGCGGAAGACGGACCGAAAAUAAUUGGAUAUGCUGGAAGUUGGUGUGAGAGUUGUUAGGGGUAAAGAUUGGAAAUGGGGCGAUCAGGACGGUGGCGAGGGACACACGGGUACGGUUGUUGAAAUUGGAAAACCGUACGAUGCAAAUAGUGCCUCGUCAACGCCAGUUACCGGUGAUAAAACACCUGACAAAACUGUAAUCGUUCAAUGGGAUCAUGGACCAAGGAGUAAUUAUCGUAUUGGCUAUCAAGACUCAUACGACUUGCUACUUUACGACAAUGCUCCAAUUGGUGUUAAACAUCCUAAUAUAAUAUGUGAUGGUUGUAAAAAACACGGAAUUUUUGGUAUGCGGUGGAAGUGUGCACAAUGUUUCGAUUACGAUUUGUGCACACAAUGCUACAUGGCAGACGUUCACGAUUUAAAUCACACCUUUCAACGAUUUCAAACACUCAACUCCGCUGGGGUACAACUUCCUGCGAGAGAUGGCUGCACGAAAGUGAUGUUAAGAGGAAUAUUUAUUGGAGCAAAAGUGAGCCGUGGAACAGAUUGGGAAUGGAGCAAUCAAGAUGGAGGUCGAGGCAAAACGGGAAGAGUGAUGGACAUUCGAGGUUGGGAUAAUGAAAGUAGUAGAUCAGUGGCUACCGUAACAUGGUCAUCGGGAAGUACGAAUGUCUAUCGAGUUGGUUAUAAAGGAUGUGUCGACCUCUGCUACGUGGAAGAAGCGAACGGUGGUGUUUAUUACAAAGAUCAUUUACCACUUUUAGGACAGCCAGUUUCAAUAAUUGACAAUCCCGUUACAAAUGGUGAUGCAACAUCAUCAGAAAAUACGGGAACACGACAUCUAACAUUCCUAGUUGGCGACAAAGUAAAAGUAAUGAAAGAUAUAAAUACUCUAAAAACAAUGCAAGAAGGUCAUGGUGGAUGGAAUCCACGCAUGGGAGAUUAUUUAGGACAGAUUGGAGUGGUGCAUCGAAUUACAGAUAAAGGAGAUAUCAGAGUUCAAUACGAAGGCUGUAAUAAUCGAUGGACAUUUCAUCCAGCAGCAUUGACAAAAAUAAUGACUAAGGAUAAUUUUUCCGUAGGCGAUAUAGUUAGAAUAAAAAGUGAUUCAGUAGCGGUUAAGAAUUAUCAACGGGGACAUGGAGAAUGGAUAGACGUAAUGAAGACUGCACUCGGUAAAACCGGUAAAAUAAUAAAAAUUUAUCCCGAUGGUGAUAUGAGGGUAGCUUUAGACGGACACAUUUGGACAUUCAAUCCUUUGAGUGUAAUUCUUGUUAAUUCAAAUUCAGAAUUAGGGAAUUCGGCUGCUAAGGAUGGAAAUCGCGAUCGAGUUGCCAACAAUGAAUUUGACAGUGAUAUAGAAAAAUUGUUACGAGCAACGGUAAGAUGUGAAUCGACAUUGAAUGCUGUUAGGGAAUUUUUAAGAAAACAUCCUGACAAAGUGGACGCUAGAGCUGGUGGUCCUGGUGGUGGGAGUAAAACUUGUUUACAGGUUGCUGCACAUCAAGGAAUUCGUGAUUUAUGCAUUUUUUUAUUGGAUUCCGGUGCUUCCCUUCAUGCUGUCGAUGAAGACGGAGACUCUCCUUUACAUUACGCAGCUUUCGGUGAUCAACCGGAAAUAAUGGAAUUGCUCUUGGAUCGUGGUGCGCCAAUUAAUGCAGUGAAUAACGGAAAAUGUAGCGCUCUUCACGUUGCGGUAAAUAAACAACAGGCGCAAUGUGUCCAUACUUUAUUGCGACACGGCUGUGAUGUAAAUCUACAGGAUUCUUAUGGAGACACUGCACUACAUGACGCUAUUGGAAAAGACGCACUUGACAUCACCGAUGCUCUCUGUGCCUGUGAGAGAUUGAAUUUCACGCUUCGAAAUAAACGGGGAUUUAAUGUCUUGCAUCAUGCAGCGCUCAAAGGGAAUGCUUACGCCACGGAAAAAGUAGUCCUUCGAGCUCAGCAUUUAGUUAAUGUAAAGAAGGACGACGGUUUUGCGGCAUUACAUCUUGCGGCCCUAAAUGGUCAUCGUGAAGUUGCGGAAAUUCUCCUUUCUCCAACAGGUGGUAGAGCGAAUGUUGAUUUGCGGAAUAAUCGACGACAAACGGCUCUUCAUCUGGCGACAUCGCAAGGUCACUGGGCUCUCGUUGAACUUCUCCUCAGACACAAGGCAGACAUUUCCAGUACUGAUGAAGAUGGUGACACGGCACUACAUAUCGCUAUUAAAAAAAGUCGCAGUCAACCAACGGCCGUCACACCAGAAAGCUGUCGGGAUUCUCCACUAACUUACGUGAUUUGGCUAAAUUUGGCGAGGCAAAAUACAAAGACUGAAUUUGCGUUAACUUGUUAUUUGAUCAGUCAAGACAGAAGUGGCAAUUUACUUGAACAGGCGAAAAAUUCCAAAGGUAAAUCACCUUUAGAUCUUCUGCAGUCUGAUGAAGAUCCUUCUCUACCAGAUGUUUUACGCUCCUAUUACAAUCAAAAUAAUAGUGACGAUCAGUCUCCAAGUCAAGAGAAUAAUCCUGCAAGUAGUAAUGAAAAUGGUCCAACGAAUAAUCUUGAAUCCAUCGGGGAAACAGAAGUCAUAAAAAAGUAUCCUCGCAGUUCUGGUGGUGACGCGAACGAGUGUCAAAGUUGUCGUGGUACUCCAAAAAAAAUCGCUCCUGGCGGUAGUGUCACAGAAGAGGAAACAAAAGAAGGAAAUGAGAGAAAUGAUGAAAUUGAGAAUAAACAUCAAGAAACUAAAGAAAAUAAAGAAAAGGAUAAAAAUUUGGAACGUCUACGGUACUUAGAAACUAGAGUAGCUGAUCUUGAGGAAGCACAUUUGUGCAGUAUUUGCAUGGAGAGAGUACGAAAUGUCGCUUUCUUGUGUGGUCAUCUCACAUGUCAUGAGUGCGCGAUACCUUUGAAAAAUUGUCCCAUCUGUCGACAAAAAAUUUUGAAAAAAAUAAAUUUAUACUAAUUAAUAAUAGCGGAAAAUCCGCAAAAAAAAUCUCAUCUGCCAAAUAUAUGUAAAUGUCGUCGUUGUCGGUCAUCGUCGUCAUUGUCGUAGCACAGUCUCCUCCAAAAAAAAAAAACUCCCAGUGUUAAAGUUUUACCAACUCGUGCCAUGCAAAUUAGAAAAGUCUGUAAAUGCCUUUUUUAAUUAUAUACACAUAUAUUUAAAUAAUAAUAAUAAUUAAUCGCUGCUUUUUGGAAACAUUUGAAUCAACGCUUUGCUCGCGUAUUCCCGUCCAUAAUAAACUUCUUUUUAAAUCUAAAAAUCUCCCACUCGACUGAUCCACUUUUUUAAGCAAAACAAAAAAGAAACAAAAAAUCAAAUUCCAAAAAGGAGGGAAAAUUUUACAACUUUUGUUUUUUAAUCGAAUUUUAUAGGUACGAUUUUUCUCUAAUAAAAUUACGAUACGCGCGUCUGUCUCAUGCCAAUACGCAUAAUAGUGACAAGAAAAAAAGAAAACAAACAUAAAAAUUGGAUGAUUCACUUUAUCCGAAUCGUCGAAAUUGUAAUUUUAUAAUAGUAGUUGUAUUGUCGUUAAGUCUAUAACUGUAUGUACUACAGGAAUGAAUUAGGAUAAUAAACUAUUUGUAGAGAAGUAAUUUAAAGCAUUGGUAUGAUUCUACAAUUGUACGUAACGUAGGUGGUAAUUUAAAUAAAAACAUUUUAAAUUUAAUCGACCCUUAAUUCAGUUUCUCCGUUACAUUUCAUGUCCACUUUUUUUUGACGCACUCGAAAGACAAUAUUAUAAUAAUAUAUAUCACAUUGACAAAGCUAGAGAAAAAAAAGGAUUAAAAAAUCAUAAAACGCGCACAAAAAUGAUUAUAAACGGUUCCGAAACUUGCACGCAAAAAAAUGUACUAUAUUUCCUUUUUUACAGAAAUAGCUUGAAUAUUUAUCUAAAGCAGAAAAAAAAACUUAUAAACUAAACUAAAUGAAUCGUCUAGCUACUUUAGGCGAAUUUUUUUUGCGUGUGAAAAAAUAUUCUCUCGAACAAAAAUUCGAGUAAUUUUCAAUUGAAACUAAUUAACAACAAUAAUAACACAAGAGCACAACAUAAUAAUGCCGCGUUCAUUGACGUUAUUUAUUUUGGUACUCGAUAAGGUUCCAUAUUUUACAAUCUUGAGCUUGCAAAACGUAAUAGUACUUGUAAUAAUAAUUAAUAAUAAUUAAUAAUCAUAAUAAUAGUAAUAAUAAUAAUUUUUUCUAAAUAACCUAAUAAUAAUACGCUUAAAGAGUGAUAUAAUAUUUAAUAUCUAAUAAAUUUAAAUGGUAUUGACAUCACGGUCAUACACAAGACAGAGAUCUAUAACUAUUUAAAAAAAGAACAAUGUUUUUUUUCAAUAACAAAACAAUCCCCACUUAUCAUUUACAUUUAUCUAAAUCAGUUUAUCUGCAAAAAAUAUUUUUAAAAUAUUUCCAAAUAAACCAAUCACUUUUUUUCCCCCGUUGCUUUUUUUUCUUUCUCUCUUUCAAACAGUUUUUUGAUCUCCAUCCAAAAUCGAAUUUUCAGAAGAAAAACAACGUUCUUUCUCAUUCACAUUUCAUUUUUAAACGGUUUGCUUCUAAAAAAAUUGUUCAUUACAAAUUUUUUUCCGCGCAAGAAAACAAAGUGAAAGUAAAAAAAAAAACGACUAGCCGGUGAAUGGACAGAAAAAAAAGAACAACACUAUAAUUUAUCACGAAGAAAAAAGCGAUUUACACACUGGAACUUCAAUCGAGUCCAAUUCAUUGUAUUUAACGGAAUUUGUUUUUGAAUCAUUUUUUCUUGAAUUAGAUUCAAAGUCAAAUUAUUGUAACUUUUUGCAUUCGUUGAUAAAAAUAAUUAUCGAUUAUAAGUGAGAGAAAAUUUAUAUUAUACUAAAUAUUUUUUUAAUUAAUAUUUAAGGUUUUUUUUCAAAAAUUAUUUUGAAUAUUCCAAUAAAUGUAUUUUUUUUUCAUCAUUUCGAGAAGAAAUAUUAUUCUUUAAAAAAACUAAAUUGAAAUUUUCCCGAGGAUCGAAUUUUACAAGAACCGAAUUACUAGUUAGCCAAAGUUUCACGUUGAAUUUGAUUGAAAAAUUGAUAUUUUCAUUUGGCAAAUUUUUGAUUUUUGAUUUAAUACAAAUUCUACUCAGUCGAAUUUCCAUUUCAUUGAAUUUUCCCUAUUCGAUAGAAUUUCGUCUCCGAAAGAACUUUUCGGUGUGGAUUUUAAAAUAAAUCAAUUUUCCUUAUUGUCAAAACGAAAAAUUAGUAUUUUAAAACUUCCAGGAAAUGACAAUUCGUGUCAAAGACACGAUCAAAAAAAACACCACAAAAGGAAUCUUCAAAAAAGAGAACAAUUGAUGAAGA